GACUUCAUUUAUUUUUUUGGUUUCUGUUUUCCCAGAUAAGUUUGGAGCUGCUAUGACUAUCGUGAAAUCUGACAUUAGUGGCAACAUAACGAGGUUGGAGAAGAACUACUUGUCUGAUCCAGAAAAGUACAAGUACUUGUACACCAUUGUUCAAGGUGAAAUUGAGUCAGGGACAGCAAAAGGAUCGUCUAGUUGUACCAAUGGUCUUCUCUGGUUAACCAGGGCAAUGGAUUUCUUAGUGGAGUUAUGCCGCAACUUGGUAGCACAUCAAGACUGGUCAAUGUCACAAGCUUGUGGUGACUCGUACCAAAAAACACUGAAGAAAUGGCACGGAUGGUUCGCUAGCUCUACCUCUUCUAUGGGUUUAAAGCUUGCUCCAGACAGGAAGAAGUUCAUGGAGGUUACAGCUGGUUCUGGUGACAUCAAUGCUGACAUGGAAAGGUUUUGCUCAGAGUUUGGUCCGUUCCUUCAAGAAAAUCACAAAUUUCUGGCUAGUGUUGGUAUGGAUGACAUGAAAGCUGCUUAAGCCACCAUAUGUGUACUGCCUGUCUGGUUUAACUUUUCUUCUUUGGAUUCUAAAACUUGUAGACCCUCCAAAAGAAACAGAAUAGUAUGUCCAUUUCUAUCUGAAUGUUGUUCACUUUAUACUAUAAAGUUUAUAGCUUACGAAUUAAUCUUCUCAUUAGUCUUUCUUACGUAAAUGUCUCAAAUGUUUGCGGAGGUUAUCUUAUACAAUAAAGUAGACUUGCCUCUCUCCUCAUUAAGCCACGUCAUCGAGGAGAAUGGGGCUUUUGGCGACACGUGUCGGCACACUAACCACUCGCGAUUUUCUGCAUCCUGCCGGGUUUCUUUAUUCUUUACUUUGAACUGGUUUUUUAUUGAUUUAAGCCCAAAAUUAUUAAAAUUUUGUCGCUUUGUUUUGUCACUUAUAGCUUAACGGGCCCUAAAUGUAUUGGCUUCUAAUUUUCGUAAAGGUCUAUAAGGGCAUCGUAUUACAUUAAUAAUUUUGUAUC